AUGGUGGAAUUAGCCACAUUUUACUUAACAGGCACUGUUGAAUUAUGGUGGAGGACUGUAAAACAAACUGCCAUAGAUUCUACUUGGGAACAAUUUAUAAAGAAGCUUCGUGAUCAAUUUUACCCACCCUCGCUUCAGAGAAAGAAAGAGAAUGAAUUCUUAUUUCUGAGACAAGGAACUAUGUCAGUGAUCGAAUACGCAAGUAAGUUCAGAGAGCUGGCUAGAUUCGCUACCGAAAUAGUGAUCUCUGAUCGGGGCAAGGCGAUUAGAUUUUUCGAAGGUCUGAACCUCAGGAUCCAAAAAGGCACUCCCAGAUACCAGGAUUUUGAUGAUUUGUACAAUCAAGCCUUAGAGUACGAGCGUAUAUUAGAAAAAGAAGACGGGUUUAAUAAAAGAAAGAAUGAAUCUAGUAGGGGCGGUGGAUACAAGAAGGCCAAGAAUGAGGGGAAGAAGCCGUUCCAGACCGUAGUAAGGCCGACAUAG